AUGGCUCGCGGACCGAAGAAGCAUUUGAAACGUCUCGCAGCUCCAAAACAUUGGAUGCUCGACAAGCUUGGUGGCGUUUUUGCGGUCCGACCUAACCCCGGACCUCACAAACUUCGCGAAUGUCUUCCUCUCAAUUUGUUCCUGAGAAAUCGGCUGAAGUAUGCUCUCACCUACUUGGAAGCGAAGAAAAUUCUCCGUCAGCGAAUUGUGAGAGUCGACGAAAAAGUGCGCACGGAUCACAAGUUUCCACUAGGAUUUAUGGGUUUUUACCGCUCUUUUAAAUUACUGUUUUCUAAUAUAUUCCAGAUGUUGUUCGUAUCGAACGCACAAAUGAAUCUUUCCGUCUUCUCUACGAUUCCAAAGGUCGGUACACUGUGCAUCGCAUUACACCAACGGAGGGAACUUUCAAACUGUGCAAAGUAAAGGCUCUCCACACCGCUAUUAACGCCGUUCCAUACCUCACGACUACAGAUGGACGUACUAUCCGUUAUCCUGACCCACAUGUCAAGGUACCUCCAUCUUUAGUCCACGCUUCAAAAAUUUGUAUAGGUGAACGACUCGAUCGUGUAUGACUUGAAGCAUAACCAAGUUGCUGAUUACGUCAAGUUUGAGCCUGGAAACUUGGCUAUGGUUACUGGAGGUCGAAACGUUGGUCGUGUUGGUGUCAUCGGUCAUCGAGAAAAGCUUCCUGGUGCUCUCGAUAUCAUCCAUAUCAAGGAUUCUGCGGGGCACUCCUUUGCCACCAGGUUCGUAUUUAUUGCAAGGAGUUAAGAAGGCCGGGGACCGCGAUGGUCGUAAAAUUCCGGUCGAGGUUGGUUUAAAAUUAGUUCGAGUUGAUAUUUAGAAUCUCCAACGUUUUCGUUAUUGGAAAGGGAACUACUUCGCUUGUUUCUCUCCCAAGUGGACGUGGUAUCCGCCUCACAAUUGCUGAAGAGCGUGACAAGCGCUUGGCGCAGAAGUUCAAUUAA